GGCUGUGUUUUCUCACUACCUUAAGGCAUCCAACCCUUCACUGCCUGCGUAGUCAGCUGUUCGCUAGUGCUAGUGCUAGUAGCAGUCAGUCCUACUACUACUUGAGUAGGUAUCAACGCCUAGUUUCUGCUGCCUGACUUAUCCCUACUUCCACUUCAUGUCAAUUCAUCCCUGAAGUCCGUCGGUAUGAAAAUAUGGCGGCAAUGUGUGUCUCGCCCCAUGCGGGUACUCCUAUACCUUGUAGCACUCGUGCUCCUGCUGUGCAUAGUUCUCCCCUACGACCACCCUAUCCGACUAUCGGCUCGCUUCAAUGUUAAAGCUUUUGGUGCCGCCUUCACUUCUUACCUGGGGGGCCGCUGGUGGUUCUCGGAACGGUCUACUUUUCCGGUGGUGCUAUCGGACGAUGUUGCUGUGUUGAUGAAAUCUGGAUUUGGAACAAAGGAUCGCAUCGCUGCUUGGUUAGAAGCUCACGAGCAGGAUAGAUUCAACAACCUCCUUCUUGUUGGUGAUUUUGCCACGCCUUCAGGACAGCUUUUUAGCUACAAUGGUCGGCGCCUACCAGUUUUUGACCUCGUAGCUUGGAUGUUAGAAAAAGGAUACUUGUCUGCAGAACUGGCGCAUCCACGACUGAUGAAACAUUCUAACUUAAGCGCUGCUAUCUCCAACGGGGACACGGAAAUAGCAAAGGAACUAUCGAAGUCAUUCGGGUGGGAGCUGGACGCUCUAAAGUUUAUCUCUGGCCUCGAAUUAUGCUAUAACCAGAUGCCAGAUAAAAAGUGGUACAUUAUGGCAGACGACGAUACGUAUCUCAUGCAGCCCGCUCUCAAGCUGCUACUAGAACAUCUUGAUUCUGAAGUACCCUUUUAUGUUGGCAACGCGGUAGGUGACUACAAAGGUCGCUUUGCACAUGGGGGAUCCUCCGUGGUCCUAUCCCAAGCCACAAUGCGUUUGCUUUUCUCGCGCCACGACGUAGUUACCUCGGCCCAUCUGGAAUCCCUCGAAGAAACUUGGGGCGAUAAACUCCUUGCGACAACUUUGCUCAAAUUAGGUAUCUAUCUCGACGAACGAUACGUUGUCUUUUUCAAUGGGGGUCCACCUCGAGCCAUAAGAGUUACCGAGGACCGUUUGUGCGCGCCGAUCAUCUCUUUCCACAGCUUAACCCCGUCAGAAAUGAUCAAUGUCGGUCGGAGGUUCCAGCAUACAGAUGAAGUUCUUCUUUGGAUCGACUUGUGGGAUAUCUACGGUGCCCCUUCUCUCGACUCGCCGAUCCUCGAGUCAGGCCGGAAGAACUGGGACCACGUUGGAGGCUUGGAUGAGUCAACCAUGACUGUCAAUGACGUCCCAACAGCACAGAAGUGUAUUCAGAUUUGCCAUAACUACGCAAAGUCGUGUCUGGCUUGGACUUGGGAGUCCGAGAAACAGCUCUGCCAUAUCAGCAACUGGAUGGUACCAGGAGAACAGGCUGAAGGCAAAACCUCGGGAAUCAAUGUACCACGCGCGAAAAGUCUGGUUAACAUGUGUCGACCGUGAUCGUGAUAGACUCGGCUGUCCAUCCAUGAACUCUCAAAAUCGCCCAUGAUCAGAAUGCAAGGCUUCCUCAAUAACAAAUGCUGGAAUGGUUAUUAUUAGGUCACAGAAAACCCCAUGGCAGUCGAUGGGAUGUUAUACUCGACUGCACUGAAUCUAUCAAGCUGUCAGAGGCUGUUUCAGUGGGCGGUGACCAGGUCAGGACAAUCGACAUAAGCGUAUAGCGACUGUCUUACUGCAUGAGGCAUAACAUAAGUCGACCUAUUCAUACGAUCUGGUCAACCCGUCUCCGUACAAUUUGGCAACAAGCGUGAAUAGAGGAGUGACUUCGCCCUAGGGCUUAUCGGUUGCACCCCGGCGACCUUUCUUUCUUUCUUUCUUUCUUUCUUUCUUUCUUUCUUUUUUUUUUUUUUUU